CCUCUGUCUUUGUCCAUCCUCCUCCUCCUCCUCCUCCUCAUAUGUUCCGACAUCAACCACCACCUUGCCCUUACCCUUAUCCUUCCAUGUCUCCUCAACCACAACAACAACAACAACAACACAAAGUCAUUACGGCUUUUGAACUCGAACAAACAAACAUGGCUCUUUCUGAAAUUCAACGUGAUCUUCGCUCUUUGUUGAGGAUUCAUUCUUAAAAAGAAACAUUACAUGUAGACAAGAAACAUGACAUGUAUGCAAGGAAGAAAAAAAAAAAAGAAAAAAAA